CCCGCGAUCGAUGUGUCCUAGAUUCCUUGCAGAUGUUUCACACAAUCGAAUAGUUUUGUCUUUUAGUAUCAAUCAUUCUAGCAUGUUUCAGUGAAACUUCCUACAACGUAGCUGUUAGUAAGUCUGCAGGUUAAUUUAAGCAUUCAAGUAAAAUCAAAAAUGGGAUGUCAGAAAACUUUUGCUAAGUGAAAGUGCUGCAGACAUUGCUUGUUUUGAUAUGAUUUCACCUGGAAUCGAGCGAAUGGUUGUGUAAAAUGAAUACUAGUAUAGUGCAGUACUUCAAGAGUCCAAAGGCGGACGAGUCCAAAGAUGAUGCAAAGUCAACGGGAAAGGAUGAAGUGUCAGUUAAUGAAUGUAGUCAUGCUGUUAGCCUGGAACCGGAACCUGGUCCCAGUCAGCCGUCCAAAAGCGAAGUAGAUCGAAUGAUUGCCGAGAAUAUGGCAUCGGUGCUGAAGUCUUUGAAGAAGAAACGUAACCAUAAAUGUAGCAGACGAAGGAAAAAUGGAGAGUACCGAGACGGGAAGGAGGGAAAAGAGAAAGGAUCGCCCAGGAAGGAAUCCAAAGAAACCAGUAAGGAAAUUGAGGAUGAGCCGACUGAAGAAUCUUCGAAGCAACCCAAAGAUGACAAAGGAAAUAAAGUUAACGCGUUCCAAUUGAUGAUGAGUUCACGUAAUAAAGCCAUUGGAUCAAAUUCACCAGGAAAGAAUGCUUCCGAAAAUGAAGAACUGAAUCACGAACAGCGACAGAAGCGAGACGAAAAAAUAAAACGUAAAAUAAAAUUGGAGGAAUGGGCAGAUAAAAAGGGAGCUGGCAAGCGGAAAUUGCAGGAAGCAGCCGAAGAGGAGUUUAUCGCUCACCAGAUGAAUCGUCGAGCCAAGCGAAUGAAAAAGUUGCUGAAGAAUAUGGGACCGGAAGAUGCAGACGACUCCGUAGUAGUGGUAGUGGAAUCGCCUAAAACGGAGUCUCGUAAACCGAAGCAACGCAAGGGCCCUGAACCAGUGGUUAAGUUGAAGGUGAAAGCAAAACGAGGAAGACCACGACUAUCUUCCGAAGACUCAAUGCAGUCAAAUAAGGAAGCUGGAGUAGCUUUGGAGAAGACUCCCAAGAAGGAAAGUAUCGUCGAUGAUUUUAUCGGUAAACUAAACUCUCCCCUCAAGAAACGAGAUAGCUUACUCGGAUAUUUUGAUAAGGUGAUUUCGCCGAAAAGCACAACUGAAGAGGAAACACCGACAGCAAAUAGGCGCUCGAGAGGUCGUGGACGGCCACCCGUGGCGUUGUCAGAAGCCAACACCAUCGAAGUGAUAGUUCCGCUGGAGGAAAAGAACGACCUGCAGGAUGAAACGGAUGGAACUCCUAACACACCGGCCAGCUCGGGACGACCCCGCAGGCAGUGUGCUAACAAGGUUAAGGACUAUGCCGUGUUUGGUGGUACCAGUCCGGAGAAAGAAGCGGCAGCUAGCAAGCGAUCGAGCAGGAAAUCUGCCAUAACUCCACUGAAAAUGGUAAAUGUUGAUGCCCAACAGUCCACGAGUGUCGUUCAGGAUCCUCCCGGAACGCCAAAAACAACAAAGAAUGUCAAAUUGGCUCCCCUGUUCGUGAAAAAACCUGUCGAAGAUCCCGAGAAAGUUCGCGCCAGACAAGAAUUUCUAAUGUCAGGAAUUCCAGAAAAAAUGCGAUUGGAAAUCGAGAAGCAGCGCAUUUAUGAGGAUUCAAUUCUGAAUGAAUCGCCGGUGUUUCCUCUGAUCAGUCACGUCCAACAGUUGGUGUUUCCUACGGCCGAGAAACGCCUUUCACUGAAAAGUAGUAAAGUUAGGAUUCUCGCCGAGUCACCCGGGCGUCCAGUGGUUGAGCGUGACGAGGAUGCGUACGCAUUUUGUUCUCUCACAGACUGCGAUGACACCGAGGUCGAGGAGAUUCUGGCCAAACUAGUGGAUCAGGGUGAUACGGAUAAACUGUACAGCUAUGACUUGCCGGAUGUGGCCAACGUGAAAAGUAUCAUUCGUGAAUGGAAACAGACUUACCGGCACUUUCCGGUGUUCAAAUGCUACCGACAGUUUCGUGAUAUGUACGAAGAGCAUGUCGAGAUAGGUUCUCCCCCCAGAAGGCUAUGUCCGAAACCGAUCGACGAGGACAGUAUCGAGUUGAUUGAAGAGCACGUGCCGAAUUUGAACGGAGAGCUUCUUUUCACGGAGAAGUACAAACCGUUGAAUUCAGAUAAUAUUUUAGUCAACUGUCAGCCAGCGAUUGCCCUGAAGAAGUUUCUUUCCGGUUGGAAAGAGAAUCGUUCUUCAAAUCCUUGCGAUUCAGAUGAUGAUUUUGAGGGUUCGAAUUCGAGCGUAUCGUCGAAUUCGACCUCAAUGUGCAACCACGUGGUUCUGGUUGGACCUCCGGGGUGUGGAAAAACGUGCAACGUUUACGCAGUAGCCAACGAAAUGAACUAUAAUGUUUUGGAGUUGAAUGCUAGCAGUCGACGGAAGGGUAAAAUAAUCCUCCAGGAGCUACAAGAGGCAACCCAGAGCCAUCAGGUUCGACGGAAGGACGAAACGGGCGAUAUCUUCAAGAAAGUGCUCUCUCGUAAAGGAAGCAAAUCGAAAUUGCGCAAAAUUUCCACGGAUUCCGAUCCCGGUUCUUCGAAAAAACUGUCACUGAUUCUCGUGGAAGACGCAGAUAUCGUGUUCGAACAGGACGAUGGUUUCGUAGCAGCUAUCAAUCAACUCAUUGCCACCUCGAAACGUCCGAUCGUUUUGACCACAACCGAUCCAAACUGUGCGCACCUGUCUCGCUACAUAUCGAAUAACGUCAUUCGCUAUGUCGCUCCCGGAAUAGCCAACGUUGCAAAGCUACUUUCCAUUCUGUCCAUAGUGGAGAAAGUUCAUAUCGAUCAGCAGGAUCUUGCUCGUCUCUAUGCACUGAACCGUAAGGAUUUCCGAAAAACAGUGAACGAAUUGCACUUUUUCAUCCAAAGCGGUGGGGAUCGUGAUCAAUCAUCGCACACAUCUACCGUCGCCGAUGAACCCGGUGUGCUUCUGGUGCACGAAAGCGAUGGCAUACAAUCGCAACUGACUGACGACGAAGCAUCGCGACUGUCGACGGCUUCUUCGACACAUUCCGAAGCUGCCGUUUCUCGAAAGCAUCGAUCGUUGUUUCGAUUGUUCAGUCGAAAUCAAAACGAUCGCCAGCAGCUUAUUCGCAUGCCACUGGAUUUCGAUAAUCUCUGGUGCAAUAUGGAACCGGUAUUUCGAACCGCACCAGCAACGGUAUCGAACGGUGGUGUCAAACGUCGAAAAAAGACUGCGAAAGUGUCGAAUCGGUCGCAACAGGAACUGGAUGAGUUGGUGUUUUUCUAUCAAAAUAUUUCCACUGCGGCUUUGAUUCAACGUGAUUCCAAAAGCACCGAAGAUCGUCUGGUGCAUCACCUGGAGGAGGAAGUCGCUCACGGGCUGGUAGAAGAUUCCUGGGAGCGCUGGUUCGAAGGGGACUUGGAAGAGGCGGUGCAACAGAAACGACGGAGUGGAGUUGGCGCAAUGUGCUACGAUAGUCUGAAACAGUUCGAUACGGAUGGGCGUCAGCUAAUCUCCUCUCACAUCGGAAUCAAUGCAAUCCGAACCCGGUCGACCUAUUGCGACUAUGAACCAGUUCUACGAACCAUCUGCCGGUACGAGCGUGAACGAUCGAAGGCGGAAAGGCGCGGUAGUCGAUUUUAUCAUUAUUUCCGCAAUUUCCAAUACGCCAGCUUGUCGACCGGGGGAACCAGCGGCAACCUGCCAACAAAUUUCAGCGUAGACUAUUUCGAUGAACUCAGCACACGGUUUGAGGUGGAACACAUUCCGACGACAAUUAGUGCGAUCAAAGUGAGGACGGAAUCAUCGGACGAAAGUCGUUAAAACUAUGGCGAUUAGGAGGAGAGCAAAAAAAAGUGUUGAAAAUUAGGACAAUAGAAUUACAAAUUUAUUACUAUGGAUGUAUGAUUUGCACAGUGUUAUCAGUGCGUGUAGAUUAAAGUAGUAGUUAGUGUCUAGUUAUUUAUUUCACAGUCGUUCAGCGCACAUCCUAAAUGUAGCACCUCACUUCCAUUCGAUGUCCCCUAGCGAUUAAUAAACACAAUUAAUCAUGAACCGAAA